GAGGAAGUUCUCUCCCGAGUGAUUGGGAAGGAGGAUUUCGGUGAUAGCGGAAUGCAAGUGAUAGGACAAUUCAAUCUUGGUUUCAUCAUCACACGGCUCGAUCGGCGCGAAGCUCAGAUACACGACGAUUUGUUUAUCGUCGACCAGCAUGCUGCGGAUGAGAAGUACAAUUUCGAAACAUUGCAACAAACGACCAAGAUUCAAUGUCAAAGCCUGAUAAGGCCCCGACCCAUAGAGCUUUCCGCGGCCGACGAAAUCACAGCCAUGGAUAAUUUAGAGAUCCUCCGAGCAAAUGGCUUUGAGGUGAAAGUAUCCCAGGAUGUACCAGUUGGUAAACGGUUGGAGCUCGUUGCACGGCCGCAGAGUAAAGGCACGGUUUUUGAUCUCACAGAUUUGGAGGAACUGAUCUCGCUGAUGCAAGAUAAAGCACCAGGGCAGAUGGUACGGUGCUCAAAGACCAGGAUGAUGUUUGCAAGUCGAGCUUGCCGCAAGAGUAUCAUGAUCGGAAAACCCCUCAGGGGUGGGCAGAUGACAACGGUUGUGCGGCACAUGGGAACGUUGGACCAGCCUUGGUCCUGUCCACACGGUCGACCAACGAUGAGACAUCUUACUGAUCUAAAUGAGUUCGCUAAACGAAGUAAGGAAGAAACGGAUUGGAAGGCAUUU